AAACUCAACGCAGUCAUUCGAGUUACACCAAAAAAAAAAAAAUGUUUUCGUUGAAAGUAGUUGUUCUUUUCGCCAUAACUGUUUGCUGUGUUCUCAGCUUCGUGGUCGGUCAAGACUCAGCAAUGGACGACUUCUUCAUGAAGGCUUCGAAGAAUAUACCGAGGAUCGGCAGGAGCAACAGCAAGAGCAGCAAAGGGUCUAACGACGACUUUGAGAACUUCUUCUUGAAGGCCUCGAAGUCUGUUCCUAGAAUUGGACGCAGAGAUAGACCUGAAAUCGAGAGACCCGUUGCUGACUAUUCAAAUAGUGACAGCGACAAAGCCUACUCAGGACUUGUUCUACCACUGUCAGAACUUUCCAAAUACAAUAAUUUCCUGACUAUGGAGGAGAUCAUGAAUGCUUAUAGCAACGCAUUAGAAGCAUCAGCGAUGAAAGAAAAAGACAGAGCCAAGAGAGGAGUCAAUUAAUUAAAGAGCCUUUCAAAUUGUUGUAGUUCGACAGUGCCAUAAAACAUGAAAAAUGAAAUAUAACAACUUAUAUUUAUAGUUAUGAAUAAAAUGCUACUUCCAAAU